AUGGAAAUAAAUAAAAAGUCAGAGGAGUCUUCUAUAACGGUCGUAGUGCGUUUCAAAAAAGAGAAAAAUAUUUCACAUGAGAGUGAUUGGAAUAUUGAAGAAGAUAUAGGUCAAGUAAGUAUUACACUAUAGACCAAGGGUUUGAAGAAUUUUAAAUUUGAUGGAGUUACAGUAGAUAUGGAUUAGAAAUAGAUUUACGACAACUUUGCUAAGCCAUCAAUCUUAAAAUUUUUGUAGGGGUUUAAUGGGACGAUAUUCACUUAUGGCUAAACUUCGAGUGGUAAAACAUAUACAAUGUUAGGUCCAGAAGCAGUAACAGAAGCAAUAAUAAAGAAUGUAAAUAACAUUCCAGCUGACGUCAAGCUAUUGUUUGGUAUAAUGCCUAGAAGUAUUUUCACAAUAUUUGAUGGUAUCAAUUAAGGAAUAAAAGAAGGAAGCUAAUUCAUUUUAAAAUGCAGUUAUAUCGAAAUAUAUAAUGAAAAUAUACACGAUUUACUUUCAAAAGAUCCUCAAGGGAAUCUCAAACUGAGAGAGCAUAAAUUUCAAGGGUGGGUUAUCGAAGGUUUAGAGGAAAAAUAUAUUAAAGAGCCAGAAGAGAUUUUAUACUGGCUUUCAUACGGCACUAAAAAUAGAUCUGUGACAGCAACAAAAAUGAAUGAAAGAAGCAGCAGAUCUCAUACUGUGUUUACUCUUUCGCUAGAAUAGAAAUUAUUUGAUGGAACAAGCAGAAACAGUAAGAUGAAUUUAGUAGAUUUGGCUGGAAGUGAGAGAUUGGAUCAAGCUCAAACAACAGGCUAAGCUAAAGAAGAAACAAAAAACAUUAAUAGAAGUUUAUAUUAUUUGUAAUAUUGUAUCAUAAAUUUAAGUGAAAAAAAGAAGGGCACUGACGAUAAGGAUAAAUACGUCAAUUUUCGUAACUCUAAAUUAACAAGAAUUUUGAAAGAUGCUUUGGGUGGAAAUUCUAAAACAACUCUCAUUUGUGCUGCUAGCAUGAAUAAAAUACACGAAUAAGACACUUUAAAUACAUUAUAUUUUGCUUAAAGAGCUAAGCUAAUCAAAAAUAAGUUAUCUAACAAUGUCAAAAGAAGCGUUGAGGAGCUUGAAACUCUGCUAUAAGGUAGUUAAAGAUCUUUGAUGAGAGCUAAAAGACUGGUCAAAGAUCUACUUGAUGCAGCCAAGCAGACUGAUUUCAUGAGUACAAUAGAAAAAAUAUCUGGGGUGUAAGAAUUCCUUCAAGGAAAUUCUAACAAUAUUGUUGUAGAAACAGAAAUUGAGAAAGAAGAUGAAUAAAAUGAGUUAAGUGAACCAACAGAAGAUCUUAAUUAAAAAUAUGAAUCACUUGUUGUAAAAUUUUAAGAAAUGGAAAAGCAUUACAAAGAAGUAAUUAGAUAAACAGUAGAAGAAGUUGAAGAAUUGAAUAAAGUGAGAUAACAAGAACUAGAAAGCUUAGAGGCAUAAAUACUAAGCAAUGAAUAGAGUUAAAAGGAAAUAGAAAAUUUAAAUGAAAUAAUAAUUUAACUAUAGUAAAAGAAUGAAUUAGUUUACGAAGAACUUAGAAAAGAAAAAGAAACUAGAGAAACAAGACAAUAAUAGGAAAUACAAUAACUUACUGAAAGGAAUAAUCUUUGCGAGUUGUUAACUAAAAAAGUUGAAGAGUAUAAGUUAAGCUUUACUCUAAAACUAGACGAAAUUCAAAAGAAGGAUGAUGAAAAUAGGGAUUUGACUGAAAAGCUUAACGAAGCUAUCUCUGAAAAUCAACAAAUUUAGGAAAUUUAUAAAAAUUUAGAUUAGAUAAACGAAUAAAACGUACAGGAACUAGCUCAGCUAAAAUUAGAAGUAGAAUAACUGAGGUGCGAAUCUUAAACAAAAGACGAAUCGAUUCAAUUCAAAAUAAAAUAAAUAAUUGAACUAUAAUCCUAGGUUGAGGAUUCUUAAAACUAAAAUGAAGAUCUAAUUAUUAAACAAAAACAACUUGAAGAACAAAUCACUGGCUUAUAAAAUAAAAACACAGAAUUAUUCAAUUUAAUUUAGCAAUUACAAGCCGGAGAAAUAAGUGGAAUAUAGAAAAAUUUAAGUUAAAUCGACUAAACCAGUCUCUAAGAUGUUUAUUCACCACAUGCACGUUCUAAAAUAAUAAGAGAAUCUCUUUAGGCAAUUGAUGAAGAUUGGGAAAAUGUAGAGCAGUGCAGAGAAGAAAUGAAUUUGACUAAGCUAAAAACAAGACAAAUUUACAUUUAAAAGAUAAAAAAUAUUGAAGAUGAGUUCUAAAAUAAGCUGAGAUUAGAGUAAUAAAGAAGAAAUAAAUUAAGGGAAGAUAUUGAAGAACUUAGAAAAGAGAAUCAAAUGCUAAAAGAGGAGAAUUCUAGUUUAAAAUCUAAAUUGAGUUCAUACGAAUAAAAAUUUAAAGAUAAUAGCAUGGAAAUAUCUAAACUGCACAAGAGUUAGAGCAAUUUUUAAAUUUUCUAAUCUUCGUCUAAGUUUUUCUAAAAUACAUAACCUAAGUUAUUUUAGAAUAUUAAUACAGUUCAAGGAAAUCCUUUAGAUGUAAAAGCUAACGAGCUUAAUAGUAUGUUUUCAGCAGUCUUUAAGAAGAUAAAAUAGGAAAGAGAAGAAAUUGCUAAAAACAGAAGCGAACUUGAUUUAAAACAUCAAACAAUCAAAAACUCUAUCGAAAUCUAAAAACGCUAAAUCUAAACAGACAUAGAGAACAUUUAAAAUAACGAGCAGCUAUUCUCUAAAUUGUAGAAUCAUAUGAACAGCUACAAAUCAGCAAAUGAGGAGCUCGAAUCUUUAAAAAUAAAGUAAAGACAAAGAGGAGAAGAUACUAAGAGAAUAAUUAGUCAUCAUAGAUCUAUCAGUCGUUCAAUAUUUUCUGGGUCUAAGAACAUCAUUCACUCAAUUGUUAAAAUACCAAAAUAAUUCGAAAUGUUUAGUGAUCAUAAGAAAUAGUACGAGUUAAAGCUACUAAGUAAAGAUUCUGGAUAAAAUUUAAAGUCUUAGAGUAUGAUAUAAGGAUAAUUUUAGAUUAAUUAAAAUCAUAUUAACUUUUAAAACGAUGAUGAUGACGAUAAUGACUAUGACUAAAAUGCUCCUUGCACUCCAAUUAACUUUACAUCAUUUGAUACAUAAAUAGAUAAUUUAUAAUGUGAUGAAGAAAUUAGCUUAAGUGGAAAAAAUGUAUUAGGUUAACUCAAAUCAAUAGAAUAUCUAGAUCAAUAGUAAAGUAUAGACUAAAUUUAGAAAAAUCAAAUAAGCCAGGAAGAUCAUUGCAUAGAUUCGCCUUGUGAUCUGAACAGCUAAAAUCACUACACUCCAAAUAAUGAUCAUAACAAAGUAACAAUCAGAGAUGACGACAUGUUGUCUCAUUAACUAUUAUAUAAAAAUAAUGAAAGCCCAGAAAAGCAGCUUAUUUGCAGCUUAGAAGGCAGUUAAAUAGCUUUAGAUGAUGAAGAAACAAAUAAUGAUAAGUGA